AUGCCAAAGUUUUUUGGAACAGGCGAGCACAAGGCGGCGAAAAGCCCAGCUACCACGGCACCAUCUAGUAAUAUUAGGCCACAGCAGAAAAGAAGACAUUCGGAUCAAGUCAAAAGCGGAUCAUCUCCUCGUCCCAGUAUAUUGGCAUCAAAAACAUGGCAUACUUCUUCAACUGGUGAGCCCAGAUCGAAGCUGCCCAAAUCACAAAAGCAGAAAGAACGUGUGAUAGAGUUCUUCCGCAUAUCAAGGAGUCCGGAUGAUAAAGAUGAUGAAGGCUAUGAUAUCAAGUGUAGAGGUAUCGAUGCGGAAAUGCUUAUGGCAGACAAGGGUUCUUCAAGCAGAGAAAAUGAAUCUCUUCAACCAGCCCAACGUAGAGUUUUGACCGGUAGUCGAUCCAUGGUUAAAACAAAAAAUUCAAGCAAUCAAUCUAGCUCGCAAGAUUCGCCGGCCCCACGAAAAGCAUUUGCGCCUUCGACCAUUCCGAAAUCACCAUAUCCAAAUUCAUCAUCAGACACUUCAUUUCUUGAACCACGCUCGCGUAGAGACGUGUGCAAUCCAAGAGAUCGAACCGACGACCCUGGCGCGGUAUCUGAUCCGGAAUACCGCCGUGGAAGAGAUGGUAGUAAUUCGCGCAGAAGUCGAGAGAGAGAGAGAGGCGAAAGUCUCCCUAGUAGAGAUCGCAAUGGUAAAAGCAAGCCGAGUCAUCAACCUCCAAGGGCGUCAGCAGACCAGAAUUAUAGUCAAGCUAAAGAAAAAAAAGGGAAAUCCAAGCCCUGUCAUUACAAAAAUAAUGAUUAUACUGAACCAAACUGCAACUCCUCCCGCAAUGAACAGAAGCUACCUUCUGGGAGAAGGGAAAAUCCCAAAGACUCGCCCCCAAAAGCUGCUAGGACUGAAGAUCAGAAUAGAUAUGUGGCGAGAGUCCCCACCAAUGGUCAUAAACCUCGUUCUUAUCAGGUUCACGACUACAAAGGAGUUUAUUUGACUUCUCUCAAUGAUCUGCAUCGUGGGUAUGAGAGAGGGCAGUGA